UCUAUCAAGGCUACAGUCCUGACCCCAAUUCCAAAGCAGACGAGACCUUCACAUCUGCAGUACAGUGAUCAGAGUUUACAGCAAGGACAAACCAAAUACCCUUGUACCUGCGUGACAGUCAGGAUGGAGGGAGGUCAACCCGGCAAGUCGACACAUGUUGUGUCUUAAAUCUGUACUUGAGGCAUUAUCUACCUGUCUGGUUAUGAAGUGAUGUUUGUCUAAGUAAUCAAUAUAGAUACACGGACAAUUUCGAAGUCACUUCAAAGAUGAAAGAAGAUUAUGACCGAUUAGGAUAUGUGAUUAUUCGAAAUCUUUUGGACCAAGAGGAACUGGAUCUUUUGAAGAAAACGUUGGAGGACAAUGAUGGAAUCACAAAACAUGCAUAUGAGCUUAGUGAUGGGAUAGACAGAAAGAGUAAAAUGGCUCUGUGGAUGAGACCCGGAAAUGACGUAACAGGUCUUUUAGCAAGAUCAGAGAAAGUAGCAAAGACGGCUGAAAUGCUGAUGGGUCACGGAGAGGUGUACCACUGGCAUGCCAAGUUGAUGAUGAAGGAAGCAAGAACUGGAGGAAGGUUUCUGUGGCACCAAGACUUCGGUUAUUGGUACCAAGAUGGUGUUUUGUUUCCAGACCACUUGUCCACUGCCUUCAUUGCCUACGACAAAACAAACAAAGAGAACGGCUGUCUUCAGAUCCUGCAAGGCUCUCACAGGGCAGGUCGUAUCGACCACGUGUUGACAGGUGGACAGACGGGGGCGAAUGUAGAAAGAGUGGAACAACUGAUGAAGCAUUGUCCACUAGUGUAUGUGGAAUUGAAUCCUGGUGAUUGUCUUUUCUUCCACUCCAACCUCGUUCACCGCAGUGACAAGAAUGACAGUGACCACAGGCGCUGGGCACUGUUGGUCGCUUACAACACCAAAAAGAACAACCCUGUCACUAAAACCUUCCUCCCUGAAUAUUUUCCUCUUGACAUGGUGGCCAACUCUGCUGUAAGGGAGUGUACUAAUUUCACUGACAUGGCUGGCAAAGAGUUUCUGGAUCCCAGGAACGACCACACUGUCAACGUGGAUGCCAAGUAAUUACUUCAACCAGGGUGGUGCACUGCAGAGAGAUCCAUUUAAAUGUAGAAGGGAUGAGAUAUUUACAUAUUUAUAGGCCUUUAUACAUCAGUGAUAAAUUAAGUCAAAGAAAAAAAAAUCAAGAAUGCAUCAGAUUUCAAGUUCACAGAGAUUCUGUAGUGAACCUUGGACAUUUAAAACAUCUUAUCAGUCAAAUUAUUUAAUAUAGUAUAAUAUUCUGGAGAGAAAAUUCAGAAAUUCAUGGCCCAUUCUUUAGUUUUAAUACUAAUGUCCUUCAU